AUAAAUGGGAGUGUGCCCCUUCCUUUGCAAUAGCAAGCAUAGAAGAAUUUCAAGAGAAAUUUGAGUGGAAAAAUGUUGCAUGUAAAUGGAGGUAUGGGAAACACCAGUUAUGCCAACAACUCAAGACUUCAGUUUUUUUAACAACGCAGCGAGAGAUAAUAUCCAUGACAUGCUCAAUUGCAAAGGAAGCUCUUACCAAUUUCUACAAUCAACACAUUCCAACAUCCAUAACUAUAGCAGAUUUGGGUUGUUCUUCAGGACAAAACACUCUAAUGCUUGUUUCUUACUUGAUCAAACAAGUCGAAGAGAUUCGCCAAAAGCUUCACCAAAGGCUGCCUUUGGAGUAUCAAAUCUUCUUGAAUGAUCUUCACGGAAAUGACUUCAAUGCUGUCUUUACAUCAUUACCAAGGUUUUUGGAAGAUUUGGGGACCCAAAUUGGAGGUGAUUUUGGUCCAUGUUUCUUCAACGGAGUUCCCGGUUCUUUCUAUGCCAGACUCUUUCCCACCAAAAGUGUCCAUUUUUUCCAUUCAUCUAGUAGCCUCCAUUGGCUUUCUCGGGUUCCUGUGGGGAUAGAGAAUAACAAAGGGAACAUUUACAUAGGUAGUACAAGUCCAAAGAGUGUGGGUGAAGCUUAUUAUAAGCAAUUUCAAAAGGAUUUUUCAAUGUUUUUGAAGUGUCGAGCCGAGGAAUUGGUAAUGGGUGGAGGUAUGGUUUUAACAUUGGUUGGAAGAACAAGUGAAGAUCCAUCAAAAUCUGGAGGUUACUAUAUUUGGGAGCUUUUGGGUUUAGCUCUCAAUACCAUGGUGGCUGAGGGAAUUGUGGAAGAGAAAAAGGCGGAUUCAUUCAAUAUUCCAUACUAUAUUCCAUCGCCAAAGGAAGUGGAAGCCGAAGUUGUGAAGGAAGGAAGCUUCAUCCUUAAUCAAUUGAAAGCUUCAAGUAUUAAUUUAAACCAUACUGUUCAUAAAACUGAAGAAGAAUCAAGUACUCCACUAAUUAAUAAUUCCCUGGCCGAUGCUACUGACUAUGAUUUUGCCAAAUGUAUUCAAUCUGUGUCUGAACCACUUUUGAUUCGUCAUUUUGGAGAAGCCAUUAUGGAUGAAUUAUUUAUCAGACACAGAAACAUUGUUGCUGGUUGCAUGGCAAAACACAGGAUUAUGGAAUGCAUUAAUCUCACCAUCUCAUUGACUAAGAAAAUCUCAUGAUAUCAAAGUUAAAGUUAUGCCUACAACAACCCUACGCCUUUGCCUUGUAAUUAAUGAUAUGGAGAGUUUAAUUACAAGGCAAAAUAUUGGAAUAUCCAAAUACAAUAUUGUAUUUCUCUUUAAUUAUAUGUUAUUAAAUGGUUAUAUUUUCGAAUCUUAUAUCUACCUAUAUAAAUAUUAUAUCA